AAAUCGUCGGUACAGCCAAAGCCAACGAAAGCCUCUUUAUUGCGUUUACAAGCGAAACAGCAACAUGAGCUACCUUCAUCCCUCGCUCCGGCAAUGACAAAAACGACAUCUUCACAGAUGAGGAAAGGGUUGCAAUCGCAACAAAGCUCUUCAACAUCUACUACAUCUCCUUAUACUUCGGCAGGACCUUCUGCUGGUCUAAAGGCUUUUAUGGCAAAACAAAGAGCUCGUAUGGCGAACGAUAAAUCCAAGGCAUCAGAAAUCAAUACAGAAGACAAUCAUUGGCAGCCGAUAAGUGCUAAAAACUAUUCUAACCAGGAUAGUAGUAGGCCUGCAGUAGAAGCAGAUUCAUUGCAUUCGCAACGAAAAUUAGCAGUAAUAAUAAAGCAAGCCAAGGCCUCUGGUAGAUUGGAUAUUGCAAGCCGAUCAUUAACUAGAAUACCGAAAGAAGUAAUUGAAAUG